UCAAUUUUUCUUGGCUCAUAGGCAUCAAAAGUGUUGCUAUGGUUUAAGAUAUUCCAAAAGAAUCAUUAUUUUGUAUUAGACUUUUGUAUGUGAUUUGUGAAUUUUUCUGAUUCCUUUGUGAUUGUGUUGUGUAUUGUUUACUGUUAUUUUUGCUGUUUUUGAAGAAAUCAUUUAAUUAUACUUUACUCUGUAGUGGAAAUCUUUGCUUUUGUUUUGAUUUUUUUUUUUAAAGCAACACUUAUCUUUCACAAUGGCUUCUGAUCCCAAGGUAGUACAGGUCUUAAGUGAACAUGAGCAGCGGAAGUCUAUAAAAGGAAUGAAAAAAAAGGUUGUUGUAAAAAAUACACUAGAAAGUCCAUUUUCUCUUGAUUGGCCAGCCAUCAGUGAUUCAUAUUAUGAUUCCUUAAGAAACCUAUUACAGAAGAGUUGUUCUGGUCUGAAGCCCCCAAGUAAACCCCCGUGGAAAGAGCUGCGGAAAUUCAAGAAAGAAGAGAGAAAAUGCUUCCUAGAAGAGUAUGAAAAGCAGAUUCUUGAAAAUAUUGAUGCAGGAGUAUGUCAGAGAAGCCAGGAAAGGAAGGAAGCUAUGUCACACUUGGUAAUGGGAUACAAUCAAGUUAUGAGGGCUAUGGAGAGAGAGGAGAUUGUUGCAGUCUUGGCCAAGAAAAACGUUCACCCAGGAUUUCUGAUCAAAACCUUCCUUCCUGGGUGUGCCAACAAGGGUAUACCACUUGUUGCACUUUAUGGCCUCGACGUAAUUCUCCAGAGUGACAAGACGCUUGGCCUUAAACAUCAUUGUAUGGUCAUAGGACUAAGACCAUCGGUGAAAGAGACUUCCUGUAGGUUUAAUCAGUUGUAUGUUGAAAUGUGUAAGGCUGUUCAACUUGUCGAAGGUGACAUGGAGGAAGAAGAUGCAGGCAGUGGAAAUGAAGUAGAUGAGAAUGAAGAGGAUGAAAUGGAAACUGAGGACAAGGAAAAUAAGGCCAAUACUCCAGCCCAGUAUCCACUUACAGAAGAACAAAUAGAGUCCUAUCACUUGAAGCGAAUUAACAAAAAGGAAAGGAUAUUUAUUCCAGGACAGGGUGUAAGAGACCAGAAAACACAGGGAGCUAACCUUGAGUCUGACUUCCUAAGUUUUGGUACCCUUGGUGAUGACCUUCUAACAGAUACAAAUCAACUGCAGCUGAGCUUGAGACCUAAAAAAGAAAAGAGAAAACCAGUUAGAAUGGAAAAGAAACCACCACAGGAUUUACCUCCUCCACAAGAAGUGAAUUUUGAUAACAUGUUCCUCAUUGAUGAAGAAGGAGAUCAGCAUAACCAACAGGAAUCAGAGGACAAAGUUCAAGUAAAAACUGAACCUGAAGAUGUUGUUAUAAAGAAAGAAGCGAUAAGUGAAAUUACAGAAGAAAAGAGAAAGGAAGUUGUUGUCGAGAAAAGAAAUGAUGAACCAAAGAAAGAGAAAAAAGGAAAACAGGGUAAAAAGAAAGGUGAAGAGACCAAGUAUCAUCCAUAUGUCUCUGCAAAGAAGAAGAGAAUAAAGAACAAUCCAAAUAGAAAACAAAGUUGAACUUCAGAAUUGAAGUGCAAAGAUUAAGAGGUAAUACAGACAUAUCCAUGAUACAAGACAUAUAUUUAAUUAAUUGGUUAAUUGUAGCAAGGGAAUUUUCACCGUUCUCUCACAUGUUUAUUGUUCUUUUCAUUUUAUAGCUUGAAAUUUUAAAGUUUAUGUGAAUAGAAUGAUUCUUGUAUGCAACACAGUGCAUUUGCAAAUUUCACAAAUUUUACAACAUGGAUGUUGAAGAGUUAUUAUUUUGUUGUGUCUUUGUGGCUAUGAUUUUCACAAUUCAGAAUUUGAUUUUCAGUCAUUUAUGGUAGACUGUACUUGUGCUAUUAAGCUUAAAAGAUUAAGUCAUUACAAAAGAUAAGCAUUUUUCCGUUACGUUCCAAGAAUUUAUAUCUGUAGGUAAUAGAUUUACGUAUUAUAAUGUAAUUUUCUCAACUUUUGUGUAUUUGUAGCAAAUUUCCUAAUAAAGUAUGUGUUGUA